UCAACGUUUCCUUUAGGAAAACUGCCAAAAAAUUGUGGAAUCAAGGUACUUCUACAUAUGGAUAUGAAGUGUUGGAUCUCGUACUCGUUCAUCAGCAGGAAGACCAAGAACAUCAUUAAAGGUUUAAUGAUAAAAACACACCGUUUCAAACUUAGAACUGGCAGAAACUUUUUUGCGCUUUUCAUUAAUUUCGGUCAUUUCGUUAUUCAUGUAACGAUUUUACGGAGAGAAAUGCAUUAAGAUUUUAUCGACUUCAAUCUGAAUGCGCUACAAAAACUAACAGUGACAUUGUUGGACUUCGAUGGAAAUGGAUAUCACAAGACUUUUCCGGAACCAACGGUCUCCAGAGAAAUGACACUGAGAAAUUUGACUGAACACUUUCUUGAUAUUCUAUCCAUAAAAAAUAUUGAUGUUCAUCUUCAAGCGACUGGGCGCUUUCAGAUUGACUAUCAGUGUCUUACUCCAAACUUGAAUGGAAUUGAAAUCAGAAAUCUUAUUUUAAGAUUUUCGGCAAUGAAGCAAAUCGCUGAACAGUCAGAAGCCCUCAAAAAAUCAUUUCAACAAUUUUUGAGCACUUCAAGGCAGUUCUCUGUAGCCAAGGCAUCAUUUCGGAAGACACACCACCACAUUUGUAUACAAAACUUCGAAAUCUUCGAAAUCUCCCAACAGCGAAAGCGCGUCAAAUUGAAUGAUCUUAUGUGCAUUAACAGCCCAAUUAUAGAGUUCAAAAGCCCGAAUUUGAUUUUAAAUGAAAAAGUGUUGAACCUUUUCUUGAAACAUUGGAUUCGUGGAUCUAAUUCACAACUUACGUAUAUUCAAUUUGAUGGCUUUGUCCUAGCAUUGAAUCUUCAAGUGGUAUUAAAUGGAAUAAAUUACAAAGAGAUUUCUGAUGAAACGAAACAUAAACGUUUUGCCUUGCCCCAUGCCCGAAACGGAAAUCAUCUGAACUUGCGAGGUGAACAAAGAUUCAACGACGGAUUCGAUAUUAGAAGAGACGAUGGAACACUUGCAACGAUUAGUAUUAAACAAGGAAACAGCUUCACGUUUGUAAUGAAAAUAUGGAACUG